UUUUUUGUUGUUAGUUUGUUUUUUUGUUUGUUUGUUUGUUUGUUUUGGGGGUUUUUUUUAAGGUAUUUUUCUCUUAUGCUACCACUUUGCUUUGAAAUGCUGCAGAAGACUAAUAAAUUAGAUCUGGGGGAAAAAAGAUAAGGUUAUGAUUGCCAGAAAAACUUUGCUGUUGUGGUGAUGGGUGAAUUUCUCCUUAGAACCAAUCUACAAAUUAAUUGUCUGAGAUACACUUUACUCAGCUUUUAAUCAUACCCUUUUCAUCCAAUAUGGGUGUGAGCAUAGCUGUAACUGCUUCAGAAUGGAGAUAAAAGGAAAAGUGCCACAAUCAUAUCUGAAAACUGUGAUUGCCAGGAAGAUGAGCUGUUAAACUAACCCAAAAUUUGAAUUGAACUAAUGUAACUGACAGGUUUCUGAAAGGAUUUUAUCCUCAAGGUUAGAUUUGUGCAAGUCCAGGCUAGGAAAUUAUACCACGCCACUCAGGAAUAACAACUAAGGUUAUUUAAGAAAAGUAAACUUUUCUAAUUUGACUCAUGUUGUCUUGAAAGCUUUACUGCUUUUCUGCUUUAAUGUGAUGGUUCCCAGAUUUCAGCUAUCACCAUUAGCUCUUCAGUAUAUUGAAACUAUUUCAAUUUUCUCAGACUUGUCUGUCUCUUCUUUUCUAGUUGCUAGUAUGUAUUAUGGUAUUCCAGUUUUCACCUCUUCCUUCUUCUCUUCCAUUUUCUCCUGAAUUGUGAACCUCCUUACUCAUGCUGGUUUUGGGGACUGAGCUAUGAUUGCCUGUGUGAAGGUGCUUUGUUUUCACUUUCAGCCCUGCUGCAGUUUGCAGCAGUGAACACAGGUGGGAUCUUUGCUUUGUUACAUAUAUUGUUAGUGCAAAAAGCCAAGACUUCCCAAUCCAUUACCUCUUUCAUUGAUAGUCUUUAUUAUUUGAUAACUUGAUGGGCUAGACCACAGGGCAAGGAGGGUUUGAAAGACAUCAAUGACAUCAAGAAUAAAUGCUGUCUUGGACGUAAAUUUCAGCAAAGGCUUUGAUGGUUCUUUUGUAAGAAAAUCAAGCAGAAGUGCAUCACCUUAUUUUUAAAGGCGUCUUCUUAUCACUCUCUGUGCUGUUCCUUCUCAAGUUAUCAUAGCAGUCUCUUUACUGUAAUGAUUAUAAUGGUCUAUGAAACACUUUAUACAGAAAACACAUAGAAGUGAAACAAAGAGUUUUAAAUCUACUAUCAAAAAGCUGUUAGAGGAAUGUUCCUAAUAACAAUUUUGAGUCAAAAUUUGGAACAUAUUGGGAAUUUAUUUGCAGAGACCUGUUCAAAAAACCAACAAUUUUCAGGCAUUUAUAUUCACUAUAAUAUUCAAGAUUUUUUAUAGACACUCUGAAAAAUCUGCCUUACUUAUUGCAUCAAUAUAUAUAUGGUUUGUUUCUUUUAAGUACUUCCAGAACAUUUGAUCCAUCUUUGUUUUAUGGAUAACCCAAGUUUUAUCCAGCUAAACAGUGCUUUAUUAAACUUACUGUCCUGGCUGGACAAUUCCUAUUGAUUAAGUUUUCUGGAGUAUACUCAACUAUGAAAUAGCUCCCUUACUGCACCUGCACCUGUACUAGUCGAGUUUUCUGGGAUGUAUAGACCUUUUGACUCCUUAUCUUUCUUGUUCUGUGACUUCUAAUUAAUCUCUAGUUAAUUGAUAACCUUGAAUAAUUCUUUAUUAAAUUUUGUUCUUUAUUGAUUAGAUUGUCUAAGAGGUAUGGGUUCAUGGAGUUCCUUUCUGCAGUUGCAGUGAGGUAAUUUCUCAGGGUCUUCUUCUGACAUUCAGCCAACACAAAUCUAAAUCAAAAUCAGCUAAAAUCUCAGUCAGACUUUUUUUUUUAACUAAUCAAAUGCAAUUCAUUACAAUUUUUUUUUUUAAUCACAUAAAUCCUGGUUAACUAAGAUACAACCGUCAAAAGAAAUGUAUUAUACAAAUCUACUGACAUUGAAAACAAAGUAUUAUUACAGUUUACAAGAGCAGGUUACUGUUCUUGGAACUGAGACUGUGGCUAUGACAUAAGAUUUAGCUGGAACUCAUAAGUGUUGUAUCACUGCUGUUUAUCCUUUGGAGUUAUUUAAUAUGCUUAAGCAGUGUAGUCCUUAUGACUUCUUAUGAUUUUGUAUCUAAACAUACAAAAUCGUCUUGGUUUGUUAAGAUGGAAAUCAGUUUGUGGAUCCAUUAAUCAAGCAUGCACCUGUGUUUUCUGUUUGGUUUGGGGUUUUUUGCUUUAUGACCUACAGCAAAGUCUCCUAGCCUUGAAGUGGCUAUAAUGAUGCAAAGUAAUUUUCAGGAGAGAAAAGAUAAAUAGUAGACAGAAAAUUUGUCCUCUUUCCAAGAUUAGGCUUAAAUAGAAUAAAAACCGGCAUAGUGAAAUUAGUGUUUCAAUAUUGUUCCUAGGCAGGACCAUUGCUCUGCAGAAAAAGCCCCGUGUAUUCCAAAAAGUAGAGAUCUUUGAUAAGAAGGUGAGGAUUCGUGUGAAUAGGAGAUCUGGGAGUAGAAGCGCCCGAAGAAACUAAAGAAAAGAAAUGGGCAGUACUAUGGCGCGUAGAUUUGCGGAUCGUAAUGAUGACAGCAGGUGUGAAUCGGCCAGGUAGGGAAAACAAAGGACAGCCUGAAGCAAGUAACAGGUUCUUAGUUCUGUACUCCGACGUGAAGACUCAAGCUACUAAGAUAGGAUAGUGGGAAAGUAAAGCAAAGGGCUGGUGCCUUGCAGGCAUACAGACAACAGUUGAGACAAAAAGCGGGGAAUCGGUAUUGAUGAUUCACAAACACGUGACAGGAUGGAAGACAAAGGAAUUUCUGACUCGCUGGUGGCUCCCCGGGGAUACAAAUGGCGCAUCACUGAAUGGUGUCGGUCUGGCCAGCAUCUCUUUGUCCCUGGUCAUUCUUGGCUGGAGCACUUGGAUACCUAUUUAAAUGCAGCGCACACAGUUAGGACAAAUCCUUCUCAAUGCCUGUGAGUGUAAGCUAGUGAGUGGGAUCAGUUUUGUGUUUCUCUAAACUCACCUUCCUCUUGUAAACAUGUUUUCUGUUUUUGUUGUCGCUGCAGUGUCAUGGUAUCUUUUGUUACAGCCAAACACUGUUGACACCAAAGUAAAUACAUAAAGCAGUAGAUACAAAAGCUGGCCCACUUACCUACUGUGGGAUGCUUCGAUUUUGAUAAUAGUUCAUUUUGUGAAAGGUGAUUUCCCCAGAACACACUUCUGGUGCAGGAAGCCUUCACUUGUGUUUCUUUGUCAUUGAACAUGGAAUGUCUCUGUUUUACCGCAGAAAGUUGUCGAGUGCUGAUUAGUUUCUGGAUUUGGUGACUUACUCUUUUAUCUAAAUAGUGGAGAGCUUGACCUGUUCUCCCUGAUCUUUGCGGGUGCAUCUUUAAACACAUUUUGCUUUUUUUCCCCCUCAGAUCCUUGCUAUUAAUUAGCACUUCAGUCUUCAUGGGUUUUGUAGUUGAACACAUUGCUAUAUAUUGUUUUUUUUACACUUUUCACCCUUCAUAUUGUACUUGUGCGUUUUCAGAAAAAGAACAAAAGCUGAAGACGGUCCCCUGCACAAAGUUUUCUCUCUUGCUACAUACCUCAUUGCGACAUCGUCGGGGCAAAAUGCCAAAAUUUGCUAUUGUUUCUUAAGGUGGCUCACAGAUAGAGGCUUAGCCGCACAAGCUCUCCUUGUGCAGGGAACAGUGAACAUGUCAGGGCACACACCAUGAGUGGACAAUGUAUUUGCUGUGUUAAAGUAUGAAUUGAGCAAUGAAAUGGACAUUAAUUUUUAAUUAUUUUUGCACAGAGGUAGAACUAUUAAGAAUUUCAGGACUGGAUAGGUAAAACAUAAUUUGAAGAAACUCCUAUUGUGAUGGAUAGUCUUGUCUCCCGACUGCAGUAUUUUGUGGGUUCUAGAACCAUGGAUUUUAUGCAUUUAGCAUUGUGUGCUUUAAAACGUGCCUGUGCAACUGGCUGGACACUGAACUGGGCAGGUUUGAAAGGUUGAUCUUAAAUCAUAACUGGAAAAUGGUGAAUCACAGUGGGUGUGCCUUAGGCUGUGUUUACUUACUUCUUGGGAAGUGUACUGAUGGUGGUACCUACCAACAGCAGACAUUUUCAUCUUUUAUAAGUGUGUGUGACUGAAGGAGGCCAGCCACUGACUCUGCAGAUGCAGAAGACCCAGUUUUUUUCUUGGCUUGUCAGCGGAAGACCCAGUUUUCACCUGCCUGCUCUAAGAUGGUGAUUGCCAAAGCCUGGGUUCUAAAGAAGCAUUUUGAUGGUUUUCCCCAAACCAGUGACUUUGACCUGAAAAAGAUAGAGCUACCAAAUCUAAAGGAUGGAGAGUUGCUGCUUGAAUCAAUGUUUCUCAGUGUUGAUCCUUACAUGAGACCUUACAGCCAAAGGAUCAUGAAGGAAGGCGACAUAAUGAUAGGCACACAGGUUGCCAGGAUUGUAGAAAGCAAAAAUCCUGCUUUCACAGUGGGGGCCUUUGUUGUGGCUGACAGGGGCUGGAGAACUCAUUUUAUCUCUGAUGGGAAAGGUCUACAACUCCUUCUUUCCAGCUGGCCAGAAUCACUCCCUAAAUCUCUAGCUCUUGGAACAGUUGGCAUGCCAGGCCUCACUGCAUAUUUUGGUCUGCUGGAGGUCUGCAAGAUGAAGCCAGGAGAGACAGUACUGGUUAAUGCUGCAGCUGGCACUGUGGGCUCUGUGGUGGGGCAGCUCGCUAAAAUUGGGGGUUGCAAAGUGGUUGGCUGUGCUGGCUCAGAUGACAAGGUUGCCUAUCUGAAAAAAAUAGGUUUUGAUGAAGUCUUUAAUUACAAGACUGUUAAAUCUCUGGAUGAAGUACUGCAUAAAGCCUCUCCUGAUGGCUACGACUGUUUCUUUGACAAUGUGGGUGGAGAAUUUGCCAGUGUUGCUAUCAACCAAAUGAAGAAAUAUGGAAGGAUUGCAGUUUGUGGCGCCAUCUCUCAGUACAAUGACUCUGUGCCUCAGAAAGGGCCAUAUAUGCAGAUGCCCAUGAUUUACAAAGAGCUUCAAAUGGAAGGGUUUCUUGUGACCCGAUGGAACAGCCGCCGGGAGGAAGGCCUGCAGGCCCUGCUGAAGUGGGUAGUGGAGGGAAAAGUGAAGUGCCAUGAACAAGUCACUGAAGGAUUUGAGAACAUGCCAAUGGCUUUUAUAGGAAUGUUAAAGGGAGAAACUCUUGGAAAAGCUGUUGUAAAAGUGUGAAGAUCAGAUAUUCCUGGGAGACUGGCACAGGAGAAUGUGUUUUUGUUAGAUGCUUUUAAUUCACUUGUGAAAUCAUAUGAUCAGUAUGUUUCAAUCAUUUUGCUGGACGUUUGGUGAUGGUAACUUCUGUUAAUAAUUUGGCUAGUAAGUCUAAGUAUAUUCCACUUGCUUUGCUCUUGAAGAAGUUGAGAACUGCUUGCCAGAGCUACACAAAACAAAAUACCUUAAAAUUGCUGAAAAUCAAAACUGGAACAGAUUAGAUAAUAGCUUGAACCUUUCUAUGAACAGGCUUGUAGCAAGGAAAAUCAGUUUGAAAAGCUUUGCUAACUGAAUGCACAUUUAAUUUUUACCCAUUGAUUUGGCCCAGAGCUGUGCAAGGGGGAUUUUUUUAACCCAUAUCAAGGAGCAGAGAAUAAGCUUGGGGACUAGCUAACAGCACUUGGGGAUCCCAGCUUCUUCUCUAGGUGGCUUUUUUUUUUUUUUUUUUUUCCCCAUUAAGCAGUGUAACUAUCUCAGUUAUUCUGGGAAUAUGGAAAGGAAAAAGAAAUCUUUAAUGUAUACUUUGCUUAUGUUAUAGUUCUAUUUGUGAAACACUCUCACUUCUUUGUGGUUAACGCAGAGGAGCUAAAAUAUUACAAGGACUUGUUUAUCCCAGCAGAUCUCAAUACAGGUGAUAUGGAUAGAUUACUAAUUUCCCUGAGAAACUUGUCAUCGUUGUCCAAGCUUGGAGCUGACCUUGCUAUAGUGUUCACCCUGGCUCUCCUGGAAGGUGAGAUGAAUAUGAUGGCCCUACUGUGUUAAAUUGGUGUCCAGCACACACAGUGUGCUAAACAAAGGAGACACACAGAUUGGCAAUAUGAAAUAUCUUAGAUGUUCUGAAAAAUAACAAGGACGUGUUACUAUGGGAUACAGACAGGCAUUGAAGGUGAUCAUUAUGCAUUUUCAGUCACUGUGGAGGACUUCUUUUUUAGUUUGAAGAUUUCAUUACUGAUCCUUGAAGAGAUAUCCCAAGCAGCUUUAAUAUAUUUGCAGUGCCAGGAUUAGAUGCUCUGUAUGUCAACAAAAAUAGAUCAUUUAUUUAAGAUAUAGAUUGACAAUACUUGCUGAGUGGACUUGACAAAACACACCCUGAAAUGCACAUCAGCUGGCCACUGGGAAAAUAAUGACUCUUAGGACAAGCAGGGAAGAGAUUCUGGUAGCUUUAUAGUGUUUUCAAAGGAGAAUGAAUUGACAAUUUGAGUAAGCUUCCGUGCUGUAGUUUUACAUUGGCCACUGAGGAAGAUCUGUGGUCUAAUACCACUGCAUAUCACAUAAAGAAGUAAACCAAAAAAGGGACCUUCUUGUCAGUAGGCUUCAGAUGCACUGUGUAGAGGUGUGCUGUUGUGUGGUAGCUUUUUGUUGAGGAAUUUUCGGAGGGCUUUCAAUUCCUAAAAUACUGAAUUGUUUUAAGUCCAGUGAAAUAAUUAUCUCUUGUUUCAAGUAAAGUGAUGAUUGGGAAAUUAACUAAGAACAGCCACAUGGAGUUCCUAUCCCUUAGAGUUGCAGAAAGAUUUGUCAGUUAGAAAAUUCCUGGCUCAGCCUGCUUUCUCCUAAAAUACUGAUGUGUACAUUCCCCUUGAUUUAUGCUUCAUAAAUAGCAGUUGAUUUUGCAAGGCUGUUUAACCAUGAAAAUAUAAUUUUUCUGUGUAAAACCAA